AUGAUUCGUGAAGAUGAGAGAAUGAAAGGAGAUGUGACGCCACUCAUGUUACCAAAGCGGUUUUACGCUACCAAAGGUAAAAGAGGAAAAAGGAAGUUUGUUGAACCAGUGGUUGUUAAACAUAUCAAGAGUACUAAAGAAGUCGUGGACCUGUACGAUGAUAUGACAGCCAGGGAGCUUUCUGAAGUGCUCAAUGUAGAUUUGGACGUUGUUGCUGAAUCGCUCAUCGAUAUGGACAAGCAGAACCUCGAGAUAAUAGGCGAGGAUAAACCGAUUGAUAAAGAAUAUUUGAUCAAGACAGCUGCGCUUUUUGAUUGCAAACCACGCUUUGUUGCUAGGCCGCGCAAGAAGGACGCGGAAUCUGAUGAUGUUUUACCGCAACCUCCUCCGCACCCAUCAGAAUGCAUAAGCCGACCACCAGUGGUGACUAUUAUGGGGCACGUCGAUCAUGGAAAAACAACGCUGCUUGACGCUUUACGAAACAGUCAUAUUGUUGCUGGAGAAUUUGGAGGAAUCACACAGCAUAUCGGAGCAUUCUCAGUGGAUCUCAAAGGAGUUGGCCGUAGGGUGACAUUUCUUGAUACGCCUGGCCACGCAGCUUUUGCAGCCAUGCGAGCACGAGGCGCUAAAGGCGCUGAUAUCGUUGUUCUGGUUGUAGCUGCUGAUGAUGGUGUGAAGGAACAAACCGUGCAGAGCAUAAAGUUCGCUCAAUCUGCUGGAGCUCCUAUCGUUGUUGCUAUCAAUAAAUGUGAUAAACCUACUGCUGAUCCAAUGCGAGCCAAACGAUCUUUAAUGGAGCAUCAUGUCGUUGUAGAAGAGUUGGGUGGUGAUGUUCAAUGUGUUGAGAUUUCGGCUCUGCAUGCAAAAAAUCUCCCAGCUUUACAGGAGGCGUUGUUAAUGCAAUCUGAUUUGAUGGGCUUGAAAAGUACCCCCAAAGGACUUGCAGAAGGUGUUGUCAUUGAAUCAUCGGUAGUUCACGGAAUUGGUAAGGUUUGUACGGUGGUGGUGACUCGUGGCACAUUACGUAAGAAUGCCAUUCUUGUUGCUGGUGGAGCGUGGAGUCGAGUACGCACAAUGACGGAUGAAAACGGACGAAAUUUGCAGGAAGCGGGACCUAGUACUCCAGUUCGGGUUUCUGGGUGGAAAGAAGACAUUCCCAUGCCGGGAGAACUGAUCUUGGAAGUAGAAUCGAUGGAUCGUGCGCAGCGAGCUGUAAAAUAUCGUGCCGACAAGGAAAUGGCGGAGAAAGCGGAAAAGGACUGGGAAGCGAUUGAAGAGCGCCGGAGAGAGGAACGUGAAAAGUAUUUAGCCAAUCGUCAAAAACUUUUGGAUAAGGGUUAUCGAUAUGGGUCAACUUUGCGACAGGUAGUUCACAAGGAGAAACGACUGGAGAAGCCUAAAGAUGAUGGUUUUCCAAGGCUCCAUUUAUUGCUCCGCGCUGAUGUGGAAGGAACGCUGGAAGCAAUUUUGAAUGUGAUAGAUACUUAUGAUAGUGAAAAAUGCAAGUUUCAACUGGUUGAUUUCGGGAUUGGUCCUCCUACGAUCGCGGAUUUGGAAAUGGCAAAAGAAGCUGAAGCUCUAAUUUACCUCUUCAACGUGCAACCACCCACUGCUAUCCGUACGCAAGCUGAACAAGAUGGUAUACGUAUAGAGCAAUUCAAUGUCAUCUAUCGGCUCGUCGAAGCUCUGAAGGAUGAGUUAUCGCGGACCCUGCCAAAACUCACCGAACUGGAACUUGUUGGGGAAGGACAUGUCCUUAAGGAGUUUCUAAUUUCCGACCGCAAUAGAAAAAAGCAGCCUAUCGCUGGCGUUCUUGUGGACUGGGGAAACUUUCAGAGGGACUGCAUUUUCAAAUUUCUACGGGCUGGCAAGCCGUUUUAUGAGGGGGAGGUGGAGUCAAUGAAACAUCAAACAGAAAUGGUCAGCAGUGCGACAACUAACACGGAGGUUGGGCUUGCUCUAGGAGACAAAAGUGUUCGAUUCAAAGAAGAUGACUCAGUUGAGGUGUACAUCAAAAAAGAAGUGCCUCAGACUAUCGACUGGAAUCCUCCCGGUUUCUGA